AUGAGAGGUCGUCGUGAGAGGCAGUCAGAUGGUACAAGAGGUCGUCGUGAGAGGCGGCCAGAUAGUACAAGUGGUCGUCGUGAGAGGCGGCCAGAUAGUACAAGAGGUCGUCGUGAGAGGCGGCCAGAUAGUACAAGAGGUCGUCGUGAGAGGCGGCCAGAUAGUACAAGAGGUCGUCGUGAGAGGCGGCCAGAUAGUACAACAGGUCGUCGUGAGAGGCGGCCAGAUAGUACAACAGGUCGUCGUGAGAGGCGGCCAGAUAGUACAACAGGUCGUCGUGAGAGGCGGCCAGAUAGUACAAGAGGUCGUCGUGAGAGGCGGCCAGAUAGUACAAGAGGUCGUCGUGCGAGGCGGCCAGAUAGUACAAGAGGUCGUCGUGAGAGGCGGCCAGAUAGUACAACAGGUCGUCGUGAGAGGCGGCCAGAUGGUACAACAGGUCGUCGUGAGAGGCGGCCAGAUGGUACAACAGGUCGUCGUGAGAGGCGGCCAGAUGGUACAACAGGUCGUCGUGAGAGGCGGCCAGAUGGUACAAGAGGUCGUCGUGAGAGGCGGCCAGAUGGUACAACAGGUCGUCGUGAGAGGCGGCCAGAUGGUACAACAGGUCGUCGUGAGAGGCGGCCAGAUGGUACAACAGGUCGUCGUGAGAGGCGGCCAGAUAGUACAACAGGUCGUCGUGAGAGGCGGCCAGAUGGUACAACAGGUCGUCGCGAGAGGCGGCCAGAUGGUACAACAGGUCGUCGUGAGAGGCGGCCAGAUGGUACAAGAGGUCGUCGUGAGAGGCGGCCAGAUGGUACAACAGGUCGUCGUGAGAGGCGGCCAGAUAGUACAAGAGGUCGUCGUGAGAGGCGGCCAGAUAGUACAAGAGGUCGUCGUGAGAGGCGGCCAGAUGGUACAAGAGGUCGUCGUGAGAGGCGGCCAGAUGGUACAAGAGGUCGUCGUGAGAGGCGGCCAGAUGGUACAAGAGGUCGUCGUGAGAGGCGGCCAGAUGGUACAACAGGUCGUCGUGAGAGGCGGCCAGAUAGUACAAGAGGUCGUCGUGAGAGGCAGCCAGAUAGUACAAGAGGUCGUCGUGCGAGGCGGCCAGAUAGUACAACAGGUCGUCGUGCGAGGCGGCCAGAUGGUACAAGAGGUCGUCGUGAGAGGCGGCCACAUAGUACAAGAGGUCGUCUCCUUCCCCCACCUUAG